CGCCAGUACGAUGGACGACCUUUGUCGUGGUCACGGCGGUCACCUCGUGUCGAUCAGCUGCGGUCCGCCAGUAUCGUUCCGUCACCGGGGGGCGUCCGACGGUAUUAAUUGUCGUUGUGGUCGCACGUAUACAAUUCAUUUGUAAUUGUUCGUACUGCCACCGAGGAGGGCCCUCGUAUUAGACUACAACAUCGCCGAGAUGACGCCGUCGCUAACCGAUUCGGUGACCACGGUGGCCCUGCUGGCCGGCGGCUGUGCGGUUCUGUUCCUGGCGUUGUUGGCCAUGUGCUUGGUGGACGUGCCGUACUUUUUCCGAUCGCUGUUCAGCUACGUGGCGGGCACUUGGCUGAAGAAAAAGCUGCGGCCCACCGACACGGCGGUCUAUUCGUCCGUCUGCAGUACCACCGAUCUGGACGUGUACCUGACGCACAUGAACAACGCGCGGUACUUGCGCGAGGUGGACUUCGCCCGGAUCGAGUUCUUGAUGCGGACGGGCCUGUGGCGGGAGCUGAGACGCCGCGGCGGUCUCAUGUUCACCAUAGCCAACAGCAUCCGGUACCGGAAGUUCGUGCGCACGUGCAGCUCGUUCGAGAUACGGACGCGGAUCGUCUACUGGGACGACAUGUCCAUAUUCUUCGAACACCGGUUCGUUACCAAAGGCGAUGGAUUCGUUCGGGCCGUCCUCCACAACCGACAGCGGGUGACGGUUUGCAGCGCCGACGAGCUGAUCCGGUCCGUGGCGGGUUCCAAGGCGCAGGACGCGGCGUUGCGGAAGCCCGACUGUCCGCUGGACAUACACCACUGGAUUCAGUCCAACCUCAUGUCCAGCGCCAGCCUGAAAGCCGAGUGCGAUAUGGCUUGACCGGCAUCGGUUCACCUCAAGGGACAACAAUGCGCGCGGGCGGAGUCUCACGUUAUCGACGGCUAUCGACGCACACCGACCGACCCGUUGGCCAGCUGCGCGACCGGCAAGUGUCGACGGCCGCUUGUGUUUAUAAUAUUAAUAAACUAGAUUGUCAAACGAGCUAUUUACUUUAUACAAGCGGAAUAACUAAAAAUCAAUAGAAAUAUAUACAUACACAUAAAUAGCAACUAUGUGAAUACAAUUUCUUAAGAAAAUAAAUAUCUGCCCAGAGAAGUGUAUACAGUUUAAAGUCUGCUAAUACAUUUAUUUAUAAUAAUAAUUUUAAAAAAUGCAUAACAUUAAAUUUCUUUAAUGUAAACAGAGAAAUGUCAUUUUUAAUUAUUUAAACUAAUAAUUGUAAUAAAUUAAUUUAUUUAUUAUUAAUAAAAUACUUUAUAUUCUGCCUCUUUCUCAUUUUCCCAUAGGUUUGGCAAUCUGGAUAAUUAGAAAAAAUGAAAUCUCUUAUAAGCAAACAAAAUAAUAUGUUUCUUAUUUUCAUAUCGAUUGUGUUUUGUGGUAUUAUUCAAUAAUAUUUUUUAGAAAAUUAUUUGUACAUUUAUUUUCAUUAUGUGUAGUCUUUGAUAUUGUGUAUUUUGAAAAUACACAUAAUGAAAAAUACUAUUUCUAUUUUUAUUUUGUGUGCACUACGUUUAACGGAAAUAAGCUGAUUUCCAAAUUGUAUUUAUUUUAUUUUAUUUCAACCAAAUAAAUACCAACUUUGUUUAAUUCCCGUCUUAUGUUUAUUACUUAUAUUCCGUUCAAGGGCGCCGAGUACGUUAGAAUCCUUCGGUCAGGUGAACGCUUCCGUCAAAAACCAGUUUUUUUUUCCAACAGUUUUUUGCUCGACUAGAGACGUCUUGGAUGUUUUAAUAUACUAAUCCCCGUACAUUGCUUUCGUUCUCUUUUCAACAAGAACGAAACACAAGAAUUCAUCACACCGCACAAUAAUAAUAUCGUAGCAUAUAAUACAUUUUUCCUGAUCACCUAGCACGAGGGCGCCGAGAUGAAACGAAUUCAACGCACCUGCUACAGUCUAGAAGUAUUCGCUUGCCGUUCGAGAGAAAAAACCAAGGAACAGCUGUUAUGGAGUAUCAAGUACUGUACUUAGAAAACUUCAUUAUGGUUUCCACGUAAGAGGGAUUUAACGAUUUUUCUCUGUCAAGUCGGUCCGUCCGGAAAACCACUGCCAAUGUUAGUUGUUUUGUAGUAACUAGUAAAUAUGUUUUCAAUAUAUUAUGUAAAAUAACUAGUUGACAUAUUAAUAUAUUUUAAUAAAACUAACUAAAGACGAACACCGCAAGUCAUCAUCGGAUCAACAUAUUAUAAUGUUUAAACUAUGCCUGUUAUCUACUCAUUAUAGCUUUUUAAUAACUCUUGCCUUCAUAAACGAAAGUGU